AUGCGGGAAAUUGUUCAUAUUCAAGCCGGGCAAUGUGGCAAUCAAAUAGGAUCAAAGUUCUGGGAAGUUAUAAGUGAUGAACAUGGUAUAGAUCCAACUGGUAUGUAUCAUGGUGACAGUCAGCUACAAAUAGAUAGAAUCAAUGUUUACUUCAAUGAAGCAUCAGGGAACAAAUUUGUUCCAAGAGCUUUACUUGUUGAUCUGGAACCAGGUACAAUGGAUUCUGUCAGAUCAGGGCCAAUUGGAGCUUUAUUUCGACCAGACAAUUUCGUCUUUGGCCAAUCUGGUGCUGGAAAUAAUUGGGCGAAGGGACAUUACACUGAAGGCGCUGAGUUGAUUGAUGAAGUAUUGGAGGCAAUGAGGAGAGAAGCAGAGAAUUGUGACUGUUUACAAGGUUUUCAGAUGACCCAUUCCCUUGGUGGUGGAACUGGCUCUGGUAUGGGGACAUUAUUGAUGAGCAAGAUUCGCGAAGAGUAUCCGGAUCGUAUCAUGAACACAUUCUCAGUUAUGCCUUCACCAAAGGUAUCGGAUACUGUUGUGGAACCAUACAACGCUACCCUUGCUGUCCACCAACUUGUAGAGAACACCGAUGAAACGUUUUGUAUCGAUAACGAAGCCUUGUAUGAUAUCUGUUUCCGUACAUUGAAACUGACAACCCCGACUUAUGGAGACCUGAAUCAUUUAGUGUCCGCUACGAUGUCUGGAAUAACCACAUGCUUACGAUUUCCAGGACAACUUAACGCCGAUCUCCGUAAACUAGCUGUAAACAUGGUACCAUUUCCACGUCUUCAUUUCUUUAUGCCUGGUUUUGCCCCUCUGACAUCCCGAAAAUCUCAACAAUACAGAUCGUUAACAGUACCAGAGUUGACCCAGCAGAUAUUUGACGCAAGAAACAUGAUGACUGCAUGUGAUCCCCGCCAUGGAAAAUAUCUGACUAUUGCUACUGUUAUGAGAGGUCGAAUGUCAAUGAAAGAAGUAGAUGAACACAUGUUAAAGGUUCAAAAUAAAAACAGUACAUCUUUUGUUGAAUGGAUACCAAAUAAUGUUAAAAUUGCAGUAUGUGACAUUCCUCCAAAGGGCUUAAAAAUGUCCGCUACUUUUAUUGGUAAUAGUACCGCCAUUCAAGAAAUAUUCAAACGGAUCUCUGAACAAUUUACUGCAAUGUUCAAGCGAAAGGCUUUUCUUCAUUGGUAUACUGGUGAAGGUAUGGAUGAAAUGGAAUUUACUGAAGCUGAAUCUAAUAUGAAUGAUUUAGUAUCUGAGUACCAACAGUAUCAGGAUGCUGAUGUUGGUGAAGAUGAGGAGGAAGAGGAGAAUUGAAGAAUGAACCAUGAUGCUCAAUAUAAAUUAUGAUGCUUAGCUGCUCAAAUGUGUUUUCAGCUGAAAAGUUGCGUGUGUGCCUUUUGUCGUAGUAUAUGUUAUAGCGUACAGUCGCUUGUUCGCGGUACUUAAACAAGAAAGAUAAAACUAGGCCAAAAUAACAUUAUUGUUAAGAAAAUUUGAUUUACAUCAUGGGCUCCUCCCCCAAGUCCAUGCAAUGAUGAUGUUUCUGUCACCACCAAAUAAGUGUGUAAGAGCGUCAUUAUGGUCUGUAUCAAUAAUAAUUGAUGCAGAUGACACUCUGUAAAAGGGUGAUUUUUUCGCUUAAGUUGCUUGCUUUACAUGAUAUGGCUCAAGUCAGAAUUACAAUCCAAAAUAUGGUCCUUAAAAACAAUAACAAACAAAAAACGUACCGCACUAGAGUAGAAUGUCGCAGAUAAUUAUCAGCAUUCUCACAUGAAGUUAUUUCCCGAAUGAUGACAUUAUGGCUGUAGCAGCAAGUGAGAUUGUUAAUAGUGGCCUGGAAAUGAUGAAACUGAGAGACGGAUUUUUAAUUCUAAAAGGUAACAAGAAUAGCUUAAAUUAAGCACUAUAAGCUUGUAAAGAAAGUAGUUUACUAUGUUCUUUUCAUGUUUAUGGUGUUGUCACAGAAUGUUUUUAGAGACUGUCAGUAUGUCGGUGUUGAAGUAAAGUUUCUACCAGUU